GUUGCUUGUCUGGUUUUCGAAAUCAACGAAGCUUGAACUUCGUAUUUAAAAUAACACUUAUGUAAAUAGUAGGACAACUCUCGUCAUACAUAAGUUAUUUACGAUGGACGCACUGGGGCUUGUGUAUUUAGAUAAUAAGCUUUGCACAAUUCCUCCGAGUUCAUUUGGCGUUCAUCUAUAGGCACAACCCCCACUUAAUACAUGUGUGCGUCACCUGUGUACACAGGUGUAUCUGUUACAGGUACGCUACCGAAUAUAUUUUACUUCCUGGAUGGGGAACAAUACCGUAUGUAGCGGACUUUCUGCCAUACCUGUAGACAGACAUGGUUGUACACCACGGACAUAACAUCGAUUAAUGCCAGCUCUCUUAAAAUGUCGGAGUGUUACACAUUACACUCGGGAUGGUUAGAACGUAUUACCAAAGACACAAAAGGCAAAGAAAGGCGAGAGCACCUGUGGUCUGUACUGAAGAGGAAUGGCUUUAUAUUUUUCUUCACUGAACAGAACGAACAUACAGCUGAAACGCAUAUUGGAAAGCUACCAAUAAAUACUAACACUGUAUUUACAAGACAGGAGAAAGAUGAGAAAAAAUACGACGGCUAUAUUUUUAAGAUAUUCGCGAGAGACAAAAAUGUUGAGUCCAACGUUAAAUUUAAGACCACCAAAAAAUCCUCUAUGGAGUUGUGGAGGGGAUACAUCAACAUCUUAGGCAAGAAUAGACUUCCACCCGACCUUGACCUACCGGCAGACUGUAUUCAGGAUAUGGAUUUUGUCUUGGCGGGAUUGAGACGGUCCCCAAAAGAACCUGACGGUCACUUGAGCGCGCGCACCAACUUAAGCAGGGACAGCGGCAUACCACAGGACUCUGUCAGUAGUGUUACCGUAACCACGAAGCUUACCUCGGCCUCUGGUGGGUCGGGCGGAAGUGGAGGAAACUCCUCACUAAGUAGUGAGGGACGUGGAGGCAAGAGACACAAGUUUUCAAACAAUCCUCAAGGAGACGAUAUCUAUCCUAGUUGGUUCAUUGCCAACUGUUCUCGUGAGAAGGCGAUUUCAAUAUUUACGGCGGUUGGCACGGCCUAUGGAAACACUCUGAUGAGGGAGAGUGCACAGUCGACGUCACAGGGUACCUACGUCAUCAGUUACUGUUCGCGGAUUAAAGACAGAAUGCCUGUGUGUGAUCAUUUCAAGAUCCUGAGGACACAAGCUGGUUAUAAGAUAGAUGUUGAUACGCCGCACGUGGAUAUGACCAAUCUGACAGACGUAAUGAUGUUUUUCAUUAAAUUGAAUGGCGCUGAUCGUACCCAGUCCCUCACCACCAACGAUCUCAGUCUUCUAGGACUAAAAGAUUCAGCGUACUCGACGUAUCUACCGAACAAAGCAGCAGAUCCAACCCCACGUGACUUAACAAUCGUUCCAAAUAGAGAAGCUCGAGGAAGAGAAAGUUCCGAUCCUCCACCGGGUAACCCUGUUCGACGUGAUUACGACUACGAGGCUCCUGUCCCUCCGGUACAACGCCCUAAAACUGUAACGGGUGCCACAUUGAAAAGUCAGAUGAGAAAGUAUGAUCUGGACACUAAAGAAUCAGCUCGUAGCAACAGACACUUUCACCCUGACAUGACUGGUAGCCAUACCGUAGCCCCAAAGCGAAAGGGAGGCCGCCCUGAGCUGCCACCUCAAACACGCGUCAGUAUGCCAGAUCCGGGGCAGUUUCAUAAAUCUCCUCGCGCAGCAGUUUCAUGGCAAAAAGACUUCCAUGUUCAUCCUCAAACUGAAAGUCCACCUGUACGGCGAGAGGAAACUCCUCCACCUCCUUGUGAAGUUAAACCUGUUUUGGGCUAUGAAAACGACCAACCUGGAUUUGACAAAGUGUUAUCCGGACAAACAAUGGCCGAUGUUAGUCCAGAGAUACCACCACCGAAUUAUAAGGCACCGGCUCCUCCUCCUAUCGUGCCAAUUGAGGUAAAGCUACCGUCGAAGUCACCACCAUCGUUUAAAGCACCAGAGAUACCGUUGACCUCCCAUGUAACUACUGGGAAAACAAAGGUCGUGAAUACUACUGAAAUAUCACCACCACAUAAGUCUACGCUUCCUCCCCGUGUUUCCCCAAAGGACACAAAGAAAGCUUCCAGGGCACCGCCAUCAUUUAAAGCCCCGCCAAUUCCUCCGACACGUCAUGAGAAAGCAGACCAAUCCGUUCCAGCUCUGGGGAAUCCUGCGCCUCCCCCUCCUCCUCCACCUCCUCCAAUCAUAGGAUCUGGGGGAACUCCAAGUAAGUCCUCUGACACGAAAAGUAAUAAGAUUUUGGUCACAGGAAGGAAGGGACGGUUAUCAAGUGGAGACUACGAUCGUGAUAACGUGGCUCGCAGGAUGCCCAAUGCACGUCGCCCAACCGCUCCAAAUAUAUGGGGAAUGCCGGAUGGCAGAGACAGGAUGAUGAAGCUACGAUCCCAGUCUGUACCGAACUUAGAGGAUCAACUUAAAGGUGUUCACCUAAACCGCAACCCACUUAAUGAAAGAGUGACUACAUCCGUUAUUCAACGAAAUCCACCUAAAUCCGUCUGCGCAAAACAGAGUGUAAUUUUUGACAACGGAAGGGAUAAGUCUGAAGCGAAAGCCAUUGAACCAGGUGUUGAUGCAUCUAAUCCUGGUGGCGUGGGAACACUGUCGAAGAGAUUCGCCAAAUCUAGUGCUGCUAAACAGUAUACCGUUAACACACGACAUAGUCGACAAGCUGACCCAUCACCCACACUCACACCUCAACGCCCGACUUCUACCUUUGAUCAACUUUACAUAAACGAUGUAAUGGAGGAGGACAUUUAUGCGAAUGAUCAAUUGGAUGAGUUUCUCGCAAAUGAGGAUACUGGGAACGUGUAUACAAAUGAAACGCCAUGCUUUAUUGAGCCUAUUGAGUAUGUCAAUACUCGGCCAGGUUCUUCGACAACACAAAGUAAUAGCGCGUCUGCGAGUUGUGUGGAUACCUCAGGCACUCCAUCUGUGAGAGCAUUACAGGAACUAUUGAAUUUAAACGAGGUUUUGGGCUCCCCUGGCCUUCCAAUAACCCCUCAAGUAACUUCCCCUAGGGUUCGGAUUGGACGAGACAUCCCCCUACCCGCCAUACCAGUGGAAAGUCCGCAGGACCCGAAAGACGAAAUAUAUGAUUAUCUAGAGGACAGUUAGAUGUACAUAUUUUCUCGUAACUUACUGUGUAUUUGACGCUUAUUGUGAACUGUAUGGUAACCAAUAAAACCGUUAAAAGUGGAGAGAGGCGUAAUGUGCCCAGUGCUGACGGUAUAGUAACUGAUAAAACAGUAUACAGCAGAGGUGAGUGAAAGGUACCUAGUGCUUACUGUAUGGAAACUGAUAAAACAGUUAACGGCAGAGGUGGGUGUGAUUUACCCAGUGCUGACUGUAUGGUUACUGAUAAAACAGUAAACGGCAGAGGUGGGUGUAAUGUACCUAAAACUGACUGUAUGGUUACUGAUAAAACAGUAUACAGCAGAGGUGGGUGUAAUUUACCCAGUGCUGACUGUAUGGUUACUGAUAAAAUAGUAUACAGCAGAGGUGGGUGUAAUGUACCCAGUGCUGACGGUAUGGUAACUGACAAAACAGUAUACAGCAGAGGUAUAAUGUUAUGACUACUUCGUACACCGUACUGAUGGAAAAUAACUUGUUUAUAAUGAAAGUAAAUAUCUGUGAUAUUAACGGAUUCCAUUUUACAUGAAGUACACGUAUGGUAAGAAGUGCCAGUAUAUUUAAUAAGGUUUUCUCCGACAUUACCGAUACAGUCGUACCAAUCACCUUUGUCCAUAAUUUUGCUAUGAUUAGUAAUUAUUUUUUUAAACAGACUCGUUGCUAUUUACGAUUUCUUGGUAUGUUACUUACAUGUAAGACUUUCAAGGUGACACCUGACAGCAGAGCUAGAAUGUUCCUUUCCUUUUAAACGGUUACAAUACUAGAAAAAUAACAAACAACCUCACUAACGGGAAAAUAUCCUUUGAUAUGAAAUGCAAGAGAAAAGGAAUCGUGAUAAUGAAACAUUAUCAGUGAACGUAUGGAUAUUUUGCCCAGAUUAUUGAUUGAGCUGAAACAUAUCACAUGGCAAAAUGGCUGAGGAGACAACGCCGAAAUGUACUAUUGUUAUUUACACAAACAUACCACCUCCAUUUAUCAAAUAUUUGGUAUGAGGUGCUUUCAUUAAUAGCAUGAAUGUGAUGAUGUUUAUGCAUAGUAUUAAGUCUUCUUAAAGAAUUACAAAAAAAUGAUAUAUGUAUAUAGUGUAUAUAGGUAAAUUGAUAUUCCAUAUGCUAUCUUACGUGAUAAAUAUCAAUUUAGGUAGCAUAAUGAUAUUCUAACACACUCAUGGUUUGGAUUGAUACUUACAAAUACAUGUCCAAGUUAAAGAAAACUCGUAUCUUAAUUCAAAAUGAGUUUUUCUUGAUUGUUGAAACUGUAUAAGAAAACAUAAACAUUCUUUGAUCCAAAUUUAUUAAAAUUCGACGAAAGACAAAAAAACAAAUCCUAAGAAAAUAAUCUAGAAAUAAUAUAGAAUUCAAAAGUUUACUUAACCGUAAACUUGUGAUCAAUGUAAUACGCAUUUUUACAAAUAUAAAGUUCAUUACCGAUAUAGAUAUAAAGCUAUCCGAUUCAUGGGGAUGUCAAUAACAUAUAUAUAUGACGACUCAUAUGUCCAUUUAUGUAAUACACUGUAGACAACAGUUUGUAUCGCAAUUGUUAAAUCAUUAUUAUUAUUAUGUGAAUACUAUAUAUUCUGAUGCAGUAACACGUAAUUGGUGAUAUGAAGAGUAUUACCAAACAGACAGAGAAGAAAGAGCAAUUACAGAAAUUGGUAACACUAAAAGGAUUUAAUGCAAAAUCGUAAACGUUCGCUUGAGUAAUAUUUCCCCUUUGAUUUUUCUCAGACGGUAUUGCUGUGCGGAAAUUUUCGAAUUUGCAUUACUGCUUACUACACAUUUCAUAUAAUAUAUGAAACGUCUUAUGUGUAUAGAUAGGUGCAGAUUAAAUAAAGUCAAAAGUAAAUAAAAAAAUCUAAAUUGGAAACAUGUACACUUGUACAUUAUAAUAUUUUUUUCUGUUUGAGAUUAUUACUAUUGUUUUUUUUUAUCUUAAAGUCAAAAAACUUUUGACAAAGACUCAUUAGGUUACGAGGUUUAACAAAAUAAGUAAAAAAUCAAAUAAUGUUAUUUUUAAUCAAAUGAAUUCCAAAUUAUAAAUUUAUAAUGUUCAAACAGGUGGUUUUCUACAACAAUGAAAAAACCCACUAUGGCCUAGUUUUGCGAUUUUGGGGGAUUUCCUGAAGGUGACAAUUGGCCCAAAAUGGGAAAUGAAAUUAAUAAAUAUUGAUUUUUUAGUGAAAUUAAAUCAAUUUGUGCCAUUAUUUGGUUCAAGUCAUUCAUCAAUUGUAUAAUUUAUUCAUAUUUCCAUUCAUGAAACUUUGUGUUAAUUGACCGUAAUGAUAAACUAUGUCAUAAAGAAAAAUGAAAAAUGGUUACUUGCUAUUUUGUCUGUACAUUUCAUGAUCAGUUAACAUGUCACAGCACUUUGAUUUUAAUUUUUAUGCUUAUAGCAGAGUAAUCUACAAGUAUUAACUCUUACCUGAACAGGUUUUAGGUGCUGAGGAUUCAAACCAAAGGUCAUUGCUUACAUGUAUGUCAGUACAAAUAACGGUGUGUGGUAAUUGAGGGUUCCAUUGAAAGGUUACAGGCUGUAAGCACAGGUUAUUGUUUUCGUCACUAUAGUCUACAAAAGUAGAGUGUUGUCCCAGAGGAUUCAAUAUUUAGUAUCACGGUUGUUAUACAGGAUAUGGUAAUUAGAGGUUCAGUAGUAAAGGUAACGGGUCGGUAGCAAUCUAAAUAUUUUGCUUACAUCACUUUACUUCGAACAAGUGUUAUCAUUGAGGGUUCAGUGUAGAACGUCACAGGUUGUAAGCAACUAAAGGUUAUUGCUUAUGUCACCUUGCUAAAAACAGGGUGUUGUCAUUGAGGGUCCAGUAUCAAAUAUCAUAGGUCGUAAUCAACCAAACUGUAUUGCCUAGGUCGCUUUAGUUUACACAGAACAGGGUGUUGUCAUUGAGGGUCCAGUAUCAAAUAUCAUAGGUCGUAAUCAACCAAACUGUAUUGCCUAGGUCGCUUUAGUUUACACAGAACUGAGUGUUGCCAUUGAGGAUCCAGUAUAAAAUAUCAUAGGUUGUAAUCAACCAAACUGUAUUGCCUAGGUCGCUUUAGUUUACACAGAACAGGGUGUUGUCAUUCAGGAUCCAGUAUAGAACGUUACAUGUUUUAUAAAAUGUUACAAGUUUUAAAUGAUCAAAGGAUAUUGCUUUCGUCUUUUUACUCAGAAAAGGGUGUUGUUAUUGACAGUUCAGGGUUAAGUAUUAAUAUUGUAAACAAACCAAAUGUCAUUACUUACGUUAAUAGUAUCUACGUAGGACGGGUUCGGUCAUUGGGGUUCAAUGUUGAAGGUAAAAGGUUAAAAACCUUAAAGAGUACUACAAUAAUCGCAGAACAUGGUCUGUUAAUGUUUGUAACAAAAACAAAAACAGAUUUUUUUCCUUUACUAUCUUGUAUUCGCCAUGAGAAUGGCUAUAGAGGUCCGAUGUUUAAGAUAAAAAGUUGAAAUCAAACAAAAUCCAUUGCAUAUAAUCUUGGCACAUGUAGUAUAAAAUGGUAUAUCUAGUAUUAAUCAGAAUUACUGCAAAGCAGUUAUGGACUUUGUAUAGCGUUUUAUAUAAACACAUACAUGUACAUUUGUAUCUAUACAAUAGAAAGGCACCAUCAUCAGUAUUAUUGGACAUAGUUUAGGUAAAUGACCUUAAAUUCGUUAUGUUUUUGAGAUUUUAUCUAUUAUAUUUAGUUAUUCUUAUACAUAUGCAUAUAUAACUUUUAAAUAGUAAUGUCUUUUUGUGUAUAUCUUUUAAAUAUUAAUUUAGUUAGCUUACACAUGUUUAUGUUCAUAACGUUCAUAGAUACCCCACAAACACAUUUCAAUAUGACUGAUUUUAUUUCAUUCGUAUCUUGUAAAUAGAAGUAAUAUCGGUUGAAAUAUUACUUAUUUCUUUUGUCUCAAUCAUUUACAUUUUAGCGAUGCUUCGAAUUGUUGUAAUAUUAUUGAUUAGUUUAUGUCCAUAUCGUUAUAAUGCCAAUGUUAAUGUGAUGUUUUAACCAUUCAUAGUUUAAAAAUAAAACAAAAACAUAUUUGAAAGUCA